AGUGCAGCAUCAGAGCAGUUACACUACAGUAAGUUCUGUGCGUGUAUUCAGCGUCAGCGCUGCGCCACAUUGUGACGAUGAGGUUAAUUACGAGGCAAUGGGACGUUCAGGUAACUUUCUGUGCUCCCAGACCUUUUAUUUUCUGUAUGUUACAUACUCACAAAUACAAAGUUGUAUAUUUUAGAAGUGAAGAAUAUGCAUGUUUGCUGCAUUGUUGUGUAUUUGUGUUGUUUUCAUGUACAUAUAAAAGGCGUUCAUCUGGUUGUCUACGCACGUUCGUUACGGCAUGACGUCACCGGGCGGCGGCAGAACGCGACGUUUUUGAACUCUCACAGCGGUGCGACGGCGGGCUGUCUGUUCAUCCAGCGCUUCCGCUCGGGUGUGUUUGUGUUUCAACUCUACCACAACAGACGGAGCAGCAGGUCGGUCGUCUGAGCAGAACCACCGACAGACACUGAAACAGGUUUAUCUCCGCAGUCUGGUGUGUGUUAUUAACUCACCGGUAAGCUAGCGGUUAGCGGUUAGCCGGUCUGCGCGGCGUUACCAUGGUGAUGCGCAGGGGCAGAGGCAGAGGGGACGCGGAUCAGAGCGCCGCGCGGCAGCAGCACAGGCCGGCCGGGAGCUCCGAGUCCCCGCCGCAGGCUCCAGCAGGGACCCGGCCGGAGGAACCCGGGCUGUCCAGUAGAUUUAACUCCGAAGAUGAUGAACGUAAUCACGUCGAUUCAGAAACACGCCAGGAUGAAGACGAGAAGCCAGCGACGGUCAUCAUCAGGAAAUCUCCAAGGCUUCACAACACUGCAGGAGGUAGGAGGAUCGGGCUGAGGAGAAGCAGCAGGCCGAGCAAACCGACCAGCAGGUAUCAGGCCUCCAACAUGUUCGACGGCAUCAGGUGCAAUACAGCCAGGUCAGUUUUGAAGAAGGUGGACAACAUGAAGAAGAGGAGGCGGCUCAGUAACAGCAAAGGAAAAAUCUUCUCUAAAGCCCAGAGGAGCAGGACUCCAGUGCCGCCACAGCGAGAGCUGAGCGACAGCGAGGACGACAACGGUGGAACCAGCGAUGAGCACGUCAGACAGGAAGUGGCUCCAGACGACGACAGCAACUGCAGCGCUAAUCAGAACUUUGACGCCAAGCUGAGCCGAGCCUCGUCGCUGUACCAGGGACCCAGCAGCGACUUGCUGAGAGGAACCUUCAGGAUCAGCGCCUCCGGACCGAACACGACCCGCAGAGGUGCAUUCAGACCCUUUAAGAGUGCGUGGUUGAAUCAGUCUGAUGAAGACUCUGAUGAUGAAGUGCAAAAUACUGAAAAUGUCUCUGAAAGCUGCCGUCCUCUCAGCCUGUGCACAGAUAACCUUCCUGGGACUCGCAGAGACAAGAUGAAUGCAGGAGCAGGUCUAGCAGACAUUGACCCCAUGGCCAUCGACCAAUCAGUGGGCUUUGAUAGCAUUGGAGGUCUGUCGGGUCACAUCUCAGCUCUGAAGGAGAUGGUCGUCUUCCCGCUUCUCUACCCUGAGGUUUUUGACAACUUCAAGAUCCAGCCUCCCAGAGGUUGUCUGUUUUAUGGACCUCCUGGGACGGGGAAAACGCUGGUCGCCCGAGCACUCGCCAACGAGUGCAGCAAUGGCAGCAGGAAGGUGGCCUUCUUCAUGAGAAAGGGAGCUGACUGCCUCAGCAAGUGGGUGGGCGAGUCAGAGCGCCAGCUGCGGCUGCUGUUUGAGCAGGCGUAUCAGAUGCGUCCCUCCAUCAUCUUCUUCGAUGAGAUCGAUGGCCUCGCUCCGGUCCGAUCCAGCAGACAGGACCAGAUACACAGCUCCAUUGUGUCGACACUCCUGGCUUUGAUGGACGGGUUGGACAGUCGAGGUGAGGUGGUGGUGAUUGGAGCGACUAACCGCCUGGACUCCCUCGACCCGGCCCUGCGACGGCCCGGACGCUUUGACCGGGAGUUUCUGUUUGGACUUCCUGACAGAGAGUCUCGUAAAGAGAUUCUGAAAAUCCACACCAGGCAGUGGAAGCCUCCUCCAUCUGAAGACUUCGUGGAUGAACUGGCUGAGAAAUGUGUUGGUUACUGCGGCGCUGACCUCCGGGCGGUGUGCACCGAAGCAGCGCUGUGUGCUCUGCGUCGCCGCUACCCGCAGAUCUACGCCACCUCCCAGAAGCUCCUGCUGGACGUCUCCUCCAUCGCUGUCAGCAGCUGCGAUUUUGUGGCUGCCAUGAGAAAAAUGUCGCCGGCCUCCCACCGCCUCACUGCUUCACCUGCCAAACCUCUGUCAAGUGUGGUUCAGCCACUGCUGGGCGGCGCCCUGCGUGACAUCCUGGAGGCUCUGCAGAGGCUUUUCCCUCACGCCGAGCAGGGGAUGAAGAGGAAGAGGGAGCCAGAUUUGACCUCUGGUAUCCUUGACGACGGACUCAUGAGUGGAGGCGAUGAGGUCUCCUGCUCAUUCAGCAUCUCCGCACCCUCCACCUCCAAGUGCCGAAACUUCCUGCACUUUGCCAGGAGUGCAGUCAAACAGCCGACCUCCCACCGUCCCAGGAUGCUCCUGGCAGGUCGUCCUGGGGCUGGUCAGACCUCUCACCUGGCUCCCGCGGUUCUGCAUGCUUUGGAGCGUUUUGCCGUCCACAGCCUGGACUCCUCUGUGCUGUUUGGAGUCAGCAGCACCUCCCCAGAGGAAGCCUGCACCCAGGUGUUCUGCGAGGCCAAGCGGACGUCUCCCAGCGUCCUCUACAUCCCCCACAUCCAGCAGUGGUGGGAGACUGCAGGAUCCUCCCUGAGGGCCUCCUUCUUCAGCCUGCUGGACAGUAUCCCCUCCUUCUCACCCAUCCUCCUCCUCGCCACCUGCAGCAUCCCCCAUCAACAUCUGGACCCAGAGAUUCAGGCUCUGUUUCGUGAGGAUUAUGGAGAAGUUUACACCAUCAGCGUUCCAACCCGGCAGCAAAGAACUGACUUCUUCCAUGACCUCAUUCUGCGGCAGGCGGCCGAGGCUCCGCCCUCCAGGAAUAAAAGCUUGUCCAUGGAGAUUCUUCCCUUGGCUCCUCUGCCUCCCCCCCACCAGCAGUCGGAACAGGAGCGCCUCCGUCUGGAGGAGCAGGAGGAGGACGUGCUGCGAGAGCUCCGCCUCUUCCUGCGUAACGUCACUGAACGUCUGACUCUGGACCGCCGCUUCAAGGCCUUCACCAAACCGGUCGACAUCGAGGAGGUCCCCGACUACCUGACGGUGAUCAAGAGGCCCAUGGACCUUUCCACGCUGCUGACCAACAUCGACGAGCACAAGUACAUCACCAUCAGAGAGUUCAUGUCGGACGCAGACCUCAUUUGGCAGAACGCCCUCGAGUACAACCCGGACAGCGACCCCAUGGACCGUCACAUUCGUCACCGUGCGUGCGCCCUGAAGGACACGGUGCGCGCCAUCGUCAGAGACGAGCUGGACGAAGACUUUGAGAGAGUGUGUGAGGAGAUCAAAGAGUCACGCCUCAAGAGAGCCUCUUCCUGUGGGAAUGACUCAGAGGAGGCCGACGGCGUCUGCAGCUCCAUGUUCACCAGAAACAGUCCCGCAAGUCGACCUCAAAAGAAGAAACGUUGCAAGCAGCCGAGAAAAUCCAAGUGGAGCACCGGCGUCAUUAAGAAAACCAAGAAAAAGAAGACACUGUCCCUUGCCUCGUCUUCCUCUUCCUCCAUGUCCAGCAGGGGCAACUCUGACUCAGGUCCAGAGGAAAAUGGAGCCGUGGAAAUCAGAGUGGUGAACGGCUCCGCUGAUCCUGGAUCAUCUACAGUGUCAGAGAGCAGCGAUGGGGAGCAGAGCCACCUGACAGCCACCACCAACGGCUGUCUUCAUAACUUAAACGCCGUUGCAGAUAUGCAAAAUGGAGUCUUGGUGAAUGGACAUCCAGAGCCAGCUGACACGGGGAGGCCAAACCUGAGAGGUCAAACCCAGAUCUCAAAGACUCCCCUGAGCCUGAGGGUGACGGUGAACGGGGUUUGUGUGAGCCCAGCAGAGAAGAGCAACAGGACUGAGACGAGAGCCAACAAGGCGGCCUCGCAGCAGAUCCAGAUGUUCAGCAGAGGCAGCUCUGUGGAGAUCGUGGAUGAGGAAUCACCGCCGCUGCUGGUGGAUCACAGCAAGCUGAGGGAUCUCCUCAGCAAAGCUGUGGCUGAAACUGUGGGCGCCGAGGUGGAGCCGCUGGAGAAACUUUACGCUCUGCUGGCUCAGUGCAUCUACAAACACAGGAACAACUACAGCAAGAAGGAGCUCCUUCAGGUACGAGCAGAUGCUUCACGCCGUUUGACGUCACCUUGUCUGAUUUCAGGUGUCCACGUUAGGUUGUGGGCUGCUCGGCGACUUUGCAGACGUCGCGCACCACAACACAAGCUGGAAAUGAAGAAAGAAAUUGACAGCUUCUCCUGAACUCCCACACCGGGCCUAGUUUAAUAAAACCUCAGUGCACGCAAA